CUGCUGGGCCGCCUGAGGCAGCAGCGCGAGCUGGGCUUCCUGUGCGACUGCACCGUGCUGGUGGGCGACGCGCGCUUCUCCGCGCACCGCGCCGUGCUGGCCGCGUGCAGCGUCUACUUCCACCUCUUCUACCGGGACCGGCCCCCCGGCGGCCGCGACACGGUGCGGCUCAACGGCGACAUCGUCACGGCGCCCGCCUUCGGCCGCCUGCUGGACUUCAUGUACGAGGGCCGCCUGGACCUGCGCAGCCUGCCCGUCGAGGACGUGCUGGCCGCCGCUAGCUACCUGCACAUGUAUGACAUCGUCAAGGUCUGCAAGGGCAGGCUCAGGGAGAAGGACCUGGCGCGGCGCCCACGGGCCCCCGCUCCCGGGACAGAGCCGCAGGGCCAAGCACCGUGCCCCUUGCCUGCGUGGACCCCGGACCUCUCCACGGCUGCGCCGACCGCUGAGCUCCCCGCGGCAGGGGUUAAGGCUGUGCUCCCUCUGCCAGCAUCGCGGCCUGCACCUGGGCAGGCACCGCGGGAGUCAGACCGGGCCCUGGACCUGUCGCUGAAGCCCGGCCCGAAGUCGGAGCCGGUGCAGACACCCUCCCGCGGCAGCCGGAGGCCGCUAGGUGCUCAGUCUCUGCUGAAGGAUGAGCAGGACUCACCCUGGGAACAGGAGGAGAGCCGUGGCCUUCGGAGCCCCCGCGGCCCCCUGCAUCCACCCUGUGCCCCCACAACCCAGCGCCUGCCGCUGGACUUGGAGCUGCUGUCCUGCCGCGGCGCAGCCAGCCGGGAGCUGGAGCUGGGCUCUGAGCCCGGGGCGAGCAGCGCCGAAGAGCGGGGUCCCCGAGGGCGCCUGUGCAUCUGCCCGCUGUGCUGCAAGCUGUCCCCCAGCGCCCACGCCCUGCAGCAGCACCUCAGUGCACACUUCCGCGAGCGGGAGGGCACCCGGGCCCGGCUCUCGCCGGAUGGCGCCGUGCCCACCUGCCCUCUGUGCAGCAAGACCUUCUCGUGCACCUACACGCUGAGGCGGCACGAGCGGACGCACUCGGGGGAGAAGCCCUACACGUGCGUGCAGUGCGGCAAGAGCUUCCAGUACUCGCACAACCUGAGCCGGCACGCCGUGGUGCACACGCGCGAGAAGCCGCACGCCUGCCGCUGGUGUGAGCGCCGCUUCACACAGUCCGGGGACCUGUACCGCCACGUGCGCAAGUUCCACUGUGGCAUCGUCAAGUCCCUGCUGGUGUGACGCACCCGUUGGGCUGGGUGGGACCUGGGGAUGGAGGCCGCCAGGUUUGGACACCUGGGCCUCGGGGCUCCUCCUACUACAGUAGAGUGCUGUCCUCCCUGUCUUCCGGCCAGGUUCUGGGACAGAACUUGGGCCUGGGCUUUUCAGUGUGGGUAACACAGGUGUCCCUUGUCCAGGGACUUUCUGGCGACCUCUCUGGAUGCAUUGGUGUCCUCUGAGCCUGGUUCCCCAUAGGCAGUGACUGAUAGGUCCAAAGUCAUUGGCAGGGCUCUCGGAGGAAACAGGCCAUGCUGGGUGGGUGAGGGUGGGAGCCCCUGCUGGGAAGGCCUGGGGUGCAGUGAGUACCUGCAGGAACUGCUGGGCACAGCUGGUGUCGUAGGGUACAGCCCUGGCAGGGACCCCAGGGCGACAGGAGGAGAGUCACUGUCACUGGGGGGUACCUCUAGAGCUUGUGGCCCUCUCCUCACCAUAACUCUGAGCAGAGAAACUGGGGAUCUGGAAAUGGAUCAUCUCUGGAUCCAGAAAACUGUGCCCUGAGGCCUCCAGAUGUCUUCCAGUGGGUGAUGGGGCAGGUGCCAGGCCAGGGUGCCUCCAAGUGUCCCUGGGUGGGGCCAGGGAGCGUGACCCCGGGGUUUCUCCCACCUGUAGGAGGUCUCUGUGGGGCCUUGGGCAUUUUUGCAGCAGGAACACAAGGUUAGCAGGGACAGUGUCUUCAGGGUCCCCUUCUCCCCAGGGGCAGGGGUGGGCGCCACUGUCAUGUGGGGAGGGAGACUGGCAUCCCCUGGACCAGGGCCACAGCAGCCCAAUUAGUCCACAGCCACUGGCCCCCAAAUGGACAUGCCUGCUGCAUUUGAAGUCCUUUGGGUCACCCUGUUCACCAGUCUUGCCGCUGGGACCUUGACAGUUGCAACCAUGGGGUGGGUAGAAUAGGGGUGCCCCCAACCUCUGGGGGUAGCAGAGCUACCUGGACACCUGGCUGUUUCUGCUGGGGUUGGAAGCAGCACUGGGACAGAGUCUAGCUGAGUCCAAAUCAUCAUCUCCUCCUUGUAACAACUGAUGUUGUAUUCAUUUGUUUGCCAGACUCAGAAUCAAAUGACAGUCACCUUCUUGGUGGGGGGACAGACCACAGUCCACCUUCCUGUGGGCUCUAUGCUCUCCUGGUGCCUCUGGAGACCCCAACCACUGCAGCCCUGGAGAGCUAAGGCAAGGGGACACCUGCUUCCGGCAGUCCUGGCUUCUGACCCCACCUCACCCGGAGGGACAUGGCCCCACAGGACGAGUUCCGUGUUCUGGGUUUGCAUGUGCAUCCGGCACCCAGCAGGGCCAAUGGAGCCAGCAUCGGGAGAGCAGCUGCCACUAGCAGGGACACGGCUGUGUCGCUGGCCUCCCCAAAGCUUCCCCGGGGCAGGAAGCCUGCCUGAGCCAUCAGCACUUGGCCCCUUGUCUUUGUGCACAGUUACUGUGAUGUGAAUGUAAGGGGAUGAUCAGUCUCAAUUUUAUAGCUGGUGUUCAGAUAAAAUACGCACACAAUUAAAUGUACCUGAGAUGCUGCUUUGGGGCAAAGGCAUGUGGAGUGAGUUGUGGAAGGAGCCUGCCGGCUGAGGCGGCCAAAAAGUGACCCUGGGAGACAGCUGCUGUGCCUGGGUUCUGCUGUGAGCCUCGCCUGCUGCUGCCUGGGCUGGCCAUGGCGAUGAGCGCCACCUUCUGUGUUCUCACACCGUGCACAUCACGAUGGCAUGUAAUAAAGCCCGCUGCAGGUGGA